AUGUCCAUCAAGUGUUCCCCUCCAGAGGGAGUCUCUUACACCAACAUUCGCGGCGAGCCGAGCAUGGUGACUGUUCAAGACCUGCGUGGCAAGGAGUCCUCUGUCAAUCUCGACCACGAUUCCAUCCAUAUUGUCCAGGGCCAGAUUCUGGCCAACGUCCCCGGUGCCACCAAGGUGCACAUCUUCCGCCAUGGGAUCCGCUACACCAACAACUUCCCCGUGCCUUAUAAUCCGCCCGCCUUGAUUGCCCAUCUGGAUCAUACAGGGGCUGCGGUAGUCGAUCGCGUGAGAUAUCACCUCCACGAGGAAGAGGCCGAGAAGCUGCUGCAGGGCCACUACCGUGUGAUCCAUUUCUGGCAGUGCCUAAACGGCACCGUCUACACCUGUCCGCUGGCGAUUGCGUCGAGUGCCACCGUCAAGGACAAAGACAUUGUCACCAUGGUCUCGCAUCUCAAGGAUUUGUCGGAAGAUUUUGGCGCUCCCAUCAAUCGAGACCAUCAGAAGUGGUACUAUCUCUUCAGAGUAGGAGCCGACGAGGCGAUCAUGCUACAGAUCUUCGACUCGUAUGGAUCGAAACCAGGCAGUGGGGUCAAGGGAGGGCGCGCAGUCCAUGUUGCUUUCAAGGAUCCUCGGACGCCGCCAAACGCCCCAUAUCGCUGGAGUAUUGAGACCUCUGCGCUUGUCUUUGGACCAUGGGUUUUGUUUUCGCCGAUCAGAAAAGACAAUUUUAGUGGAGAAAAUAAAAUAAAAACGCGCCGCGUGCCAGUCCACUACGUGUCUACCAGCGGCAUCGCCAAUUUCACCCGCUCCUCGACCUUCGCAGAGGUCUCCGCGGCCAGCGUCCUGCCUCCGACCGAUGGAUCCCAGCUACACUUGAGCUCCAAGUAG